AUGGGCAAACCACGGAUGAUAAUCCUGAUUCGUCACGCCCAAUCGGAAGGGAACAAGAACCGCGAUAUACACCAAACCAUCCCCGACCAUAGAGUAAAGCUCACAUCCGACGGCUGGACACAAGCCCGCGAUGCCGGUCGCCGUCUACGGUCCCUCCUACGUGCAGAUGACACUCUCCAUUUUUUCACCUCGCCUUACCGGCGAACGCGCGAGACUACCGAAGGCAUACUCUCCACCUUGACCUCCCACGAGCCUUCCCCUUCCCCUUUCCAUAGGAACUCUAUAAAAGUAUAUGAGGAGCCGCGGCUACGAGAGCAGGAUUUUGGGAACUUCCAGCCUUGUUCGGCGGAGAUGGAGAGGAUGUGGCAGGAGAGAGCCGACUAUGGUCACUUCUUCUACAGAAUCCCGAAUGGAGAGAGUGCGGCCGAUGCAUAUGACCGUGUUAGCGGUUUUAAUGAGAGUUUAUGGAGACAGUUUGGGGACGAUGAUUUUGCUUCUGUCGCUGUAUUGGUAACUCACGGCUUGAUGAGCAGAGUCUUCCUCAUGAAAUGGUACCAUUUCAGCGUCGAAUACUUCGAAGACCUUCGCAAUGUUAAUCACUGCGAAUUCCUCAUUAUGCGCAGGAAAGAGGACUCGGGAAAAUACAUCCUCGAGAACAAUCUCCGCACCUGGUCCGAACUCAAGCGAGAGCGUCUUGCUGCAAAAGAGAAAGCCAAUUCUACACCCGUAUCCGAGAAAGACAAAGAGAAGGAAAAGAGAUUACUAGGAGCAGCUACGGAUGGCACAUCAGGAGUCAGUUCCCCAGCCACGAUUCCCGUCCGCAAGAAGUGGGGAGGCUGUCCCAACGGCUGCGAUCACGGCAAGCAUCACUUCAAAAAGGAAAAUAGCAUGCACGCCAUGCAAACCAACGGGCGAGCCUCCUCGGCCAGCUCACCCGUCGCUGGGCAUGGUGAUACGAUUCAGUCCCGCCGACCAGCAGCUAGACGGUGGCAAUCCUCUUCCGAAGAAGACGAAGACGACCCCAGAGGCGGAGCCGGUGCCCCGUUCCAGGUCGAUGUGGGAAAAAGCUUGGACGAGACGGUCAGCAGUCCCGACGGAACCCCGAGCUUCAUCUCCGUGGAGGAUAGGUUACGGAAUCGAAUCAAGAGCCCGAAGAAUGAUUUCUUGGCUGUGAGGACUGCCGGGAGAAAUAUUGGUGGUUCCGCAGAUACGUCGAUGGCAGGAAGCGACACGGAGUUCUCGGCUGAGGAGGACGCCAGGAAGAGGUUGGCGAAGGGCAAGAAUUUGGGUAUUAGAGCUACAGCGGGAGCGGGGCAUGGCAGUAUUUUAGGGAAUGAUCGGGCAAGUGCGGCUGCGCUGAGUCAAAUGAGGAAGUUGAGGGAGGAGAGCGGGCAUCCGAGAGGUGCUUUGGCUGAUGCGCUCGGAGACCAAUCAGAUGUAGGUUCAGAUGCUGGCAGCGAGGCUGAUCCGGACCUUCUGAAGGAGCUGGAGCUGGACGAAAAGCAUGAUAAGAGUAUUAGAGGGAGUGUGUAUUAA